AUGACGUCUACGAAGUCGAAUGUAACUCAAGAGGCAGUACCUAAAGUAAACACGAAUAUGAAUGUCAAUAAUAUGAACGUCGGAUCAAUUCCGGAGUCGUCCGGUGUACGGCAUGACCAAACAAACAAUAACGGUAAUAGACGUGUUUUGAAAAGAAACAGGGUUUCGUAUGUGUGUUUUGCUUGUCGGAAAAGAAAGACGCGAUGUGAUAGAGGAAACCCUUGUGGCAGGUGUGUUGCAUUGAGCACAGAAUGUGUGUAUGCGAUUCCAGAAUUGAACGUCACUAAGAAGUUGAAUGUUGCGGAACCUGCUGUGCCUGGAAAAGGACCCACGCAGCAGCCCCCGUUACCAACAGGUGAAGUAUUCAUAACAACCCCCCACAAUGGAACGGGAAGUAUACCUGUAGCCCAUGAACACGGAGGCUUGCAUAGUAUGAAUCCCAUGCAACAGCUUUCGCCUGCCAUGCCAUCGAUCCAAUCACAAGGCACAAGUACUAAUUUGAAGCCUGGCAUCCCAUCACCUACAACAACGUCGAUGCUACAUCCAGUUCACCAACAGCCGUCGUUGUUACAGCAAAAUUCGAAUGCAGAUAUGAUGAAAAUCGCCAAACUUGAAGAAGAACUCAUGUAUUGGAAGAAAAAAGCGAUGUCAUUUGGACCAGGAUCUUCUCUACAUCCAACAACGGGCUCGUAUUCAGAUAUGACGUCGACUCAAUCUUACUCCAGCACAUUUAUGGAAUCACCUGGCGUAGGAAAUGGCGCUAAUUUAUCUGGCGCAGAUGGAUGUGACAACCAAAUUAUAAAUAAUCAGUCUUUCAAUAAUGUCCGACUGAGCUUGGAUGAUUGCGAAAGUACCUACUUUGUUCAUGAAUACCUACGUGCCUUACAUCCCCCUUUCAGUUUCCCAUCGCUAAUAUUUAGGGACAGACAUCUCACAUGCAUGUUUGCUUCGAUAUUUGGCUUCACCUAUACUGAUAUAAUAAAAUACGUUGGUGAAAACGAAGAAUUAACGAUACAAAACUUAAUGAAAUACGGAAAUUCAGCUCUUAUCUCAAACGAACAUACAAUCUUGUACUAUUAUGAACCUAUUCUUAUUAAACAUGUUCAACAAGCUCGAAAUCAAAAUCAGCUUAAAUCAGUUCCCGUCAUUAUAUUCACAAAGGGUGACAGAAUUGAGGAAUUGGUUGAAACAGAAUUCCCUCCAGCUCUCACUUCUCUACUCGAUGAAAUCUUAGAAAAGCUUCCUCCAACUGAAACAGGAUUACAGUUGUACAUCAACCACUUCCUCAAAUGUAUAUAUCCAUUUUACCCAUUCUUGAACGUGGAAACCUUUCUGGAAGCUAUUGGCCGGUUGAUAACGUACGACCCUAAUGUCAUCAAUGCUGGUGGAAAACCCUCGUGGAACAUAAAAAAAGAAACCUUACGGAAGGAUUUGGAGUACUUGACCUUAUUGAUGAUAGUAAUCCAAAUAUCUCAUGACUUACUCAGCGUGUCCUUAGACGAGGAUGUAAAAAUGGACGUGAAAACCUUAGAUUUGACACCAUUGAGUAUUCACUCGGAGUCAUGGCUUUCUUUCUCAAAAAGACUCUUCCUAAUUUUGAACGUGAGUAGAUUUCACUCCGAAGACGUAUUUUGUUGCAUGUUAUAUCAGCGUAUCUGUUACUCGUUUUCUCCUCGUGAAAGCAACUUACUUCUCGACCCUCAUCCGCUUGUACAUUCAAGUCAGUUGUUACAAGAAGCUCUAGUAUUAGGGUUACACAAAGAUCCUACGAACUAUAAGUCGUUAUCGAACCACUCCGUUCAGCCCACGGAGAUUUCAAACUACAGAAGAAAACUAUGGUUAGGGUUAUGUAACAUUAUUUUCCAAGAAACUUUACCUUUAGGAUCUACUGCAAAGGUAGAAGAAUAUCAUAGCUACUUUUUCAAGAAUCUCGAUAAUAUUUCAUUUAUGGAAGCGGUUAGAUUUUCAUUAACACCAGCCAAUACAUUUGACUAUAGGCUAAUUGAUAUGGCGAUAAAAAAGUAUCAGAUUGGACUCUUGAUGGCAAAAAUUCAAAAGGCCUGUACGGGUCUAACUCCCUCUCCUAUUUCUGAAAUACUAUUUUUGAUUUCUAAACUUGAAGCAGAGGUCUUGAAAUUCGAGAAAUUAAAACUCACCUCCGAAGGCAUAAAAGAAACUAUUAAAUUUCAUUCGUUAGAAUGCUCUAUGGAUAUAUCUAGCGUAAUACGGUGUGAAAUUAUUAUCAUGAAACUCGUUUCAAACUCUUUGAUUCACAAUGUUCUCUGGUCAUUAUUUUUAAAAGUUGAGGAGAAGGUUAAUGCUGACGAAAGCUACAAUUACUAUACACUACAUGCGAAGCUUUUUGAAAAAAUGAUGCUACACUCAUUUAAAUUUUACGGUCUAAUGUCCCAACUCUUUUCUAAUGAUUUCGAGAAGGAUACUGUUAAGUAUCGAUACUCCUUAACAAAACAAAUACAACAAAGUUAUCUAAGAAUUUCGUUAUGGUUCAUCAGCAUUUUGCUCAAGCUUUCAUUGGUUCAAAAAGACCUUGAAACAAAUGGAAGUACCCCAAAUUCUGUUGUGACAAAUUCAAACAUUGAAAUACACGACUCAAAGCUAAUGGUGAUUAAGGACCUUUAUAAAAUAUCAGAAAAUGCUUUCAUUUCACUCGUUCGCCAAUCAAAAAAAUAUAGCAUCUUGAAGACAAGUAUGCUUUUCAAUAAAACGCAGUGUCUGUUUUCUUAUUUCGUGCAGAUUCUCCAAAUGGAUCGUUUAUUAGCCAUAUCAACUAGAUUAUGGGAUAUGAAAAUAGAGAAUAAAGAAAUCCCACAAAGGGUCAUACAAUCUUUACGCAAAAAAUGGUCUAUUAAUAUUGAAGAUGCUGAAGUGAUGCGCUCGAAUUUUUUUGCAAGCUCAUCCCUUCAUUUGUUGGAUUAUGAAACAUGGAGUAACAUUCAAAAAUAUAUCCAUUCAAUGAAUAUUCCACUUGCACAACAAUCAAGUGCACAAUUUGCAAAGGAUGCACCAUUAUAUCAAGGUUCAUCUGCUUUGGACACCUCAAUAGAUUUGAAUCUAGACUUUUCCAGCUUCUUCGACUUGGAUUCAAACUUCGGCUUGCCUUCGUUAUCCUUCUAA